UGACAUAACAAAAUGAUAAAAAAAUUGGAAACAGCUGGAUUGGAUAUAAAUAUAAAAAGAGGAGUGAAACAAGGCUGUAUAUUGUCGCCUUUACUUUUUAACUUAUAUUCGGAGGAAAUAUUUAAGGAAGCCUUAAUGGAGACAACCGAAGGUAUUAUUGUGAAUGGAGUAACCGUCAACAGUAUUAAAUAUGCCGACGAUACCUUAAUGCUUGCUAAUUCAGGAGAAAAACUUUAAAAUCUAAUGAACAAAAUACAACAGACUUGUGAUCAGUAUGGAUUAAAACUCAACGUUAAGAAAACUAAAUAUAUGAUAGUUCGCAAACAAAAUUAUAUACAAGAUGAAGGUAUAAAAAUCGGAGAUGCCACACUGAACAGAGUAGAGCAACUCAUGUAUCUCGGCAGUAAUAUCAUUUAGAGCUGGGCUCCAACCGCAAAAAUUAAAUUCGAAUAGAACAAGCCCGAGCUGCCUUUGUCAAAAUGAGAAACAUACUUUGCAGUCACGAUCUUAGCAUUGAUCUUAGAGUUCGAAUGACAUCUUGCUACAUCUUUCCUGUCCUGCUGUAUGCAGUGGAAACGUGGACUUUAACUAAGGCUAUCCUUAAACGCUUGACAGCCUUUGAAAUGUGGGUAUACAGACGACUACUGAAAAUAAGCUGGAAAAUAAGACGACUACUGAAAAAUGAGGAAGUCCUUAGACGGCUGAACCAAACAAUACAAUUGAUCAAUAUAAUAAAGAAACGCAAGCUGGAAUACUUCGGUCACAUUAUGAGACACUCUGAAAAAUAUGAUCUUUUACAUCUGAUCAUUCAGGGAAAGAUCCAA